AUGAGCUGCAUUGAUAUAGAAAUCGGGCCUAGUGGGCACGUCGGUCACGUGCACUCGUUGGAAGCGGCUAGGCGGCUACGUACGAGCCACGGUGUGGUUGGUGUUCUUUCAGGGACGUUACCUGCGGCAGCCCAACAAAACUGUUUUCUAUACUUGCCACUGGUCUUGCCUCAUGAAGAAAUCGCUUGGUUGCUGAGACGUUGUGACGAUGGCGAUGGCGAUGGCAAAGAGAAAGUGAGAUUGGUCAGGCGUCAGGUGACGGAGAAUGGUUCCCAGUUGCAAGAAGUAUCGAGAAAACAAGCAGUAGAACAAGCCAGGCGCGACGAAAAGAACAUACGGUUCCACAUGACCUAUGACAACAACAGCGGGAUUACACAUAGUAAAGAACUCGACCCACAAUACUUGCGAGAAUGCCAAUGCACACGGUGUGAAGUAUACACAGCUCUUAAGGAAGGCGAUGCCUCACGAGUGGUGGCUGCUGGUAGUCGUUUUGGCGCACAGUAUACCCUCUACCCUGGCGACCCCCUAAGAGUCCAUGCUACGAUGCUAGUGUUGCCAGCAGUAAAGAACAACCAGCCUUGGGAUGUAAGAGCAUUGUUAAGCAUUGCUAGGUUGGCAACAACAGUCCGCAAGACAGUGCUACUGCCGAGCACAAGUGACACAAAGACUAGGGCAACCUCCGAUGACACUUCAAUUGAUAGACGCCAGUCACAUGACACGCAAAACCACGUGCGAUUCUAUCGCCUAGAAUGGACAGGGUUCGGCUAG